UUUUCCUUCAAUGAAAUAGUUCAGGCCAAGCCCGGCCCUGCGGGUAUCGUUUGGUUCCCGCUGAAAAGUCAUUUCGUGCCUCUGAAAUUCCUGGCUGGUUUCUCCUCACCCCAUCCCUGCCCAGGCAGCUGCAAGGAUGAAAUACAUCAUAGGCAUCGGAGGCGUCACCAACGGUGGCAAAACCACCCUGACCAACCGGCUCAUCAAGGCGCUCCCCAACUGCUGCGUGGUGCACCAGGAUGACUUCUUCAAGCCACAAGAUCAAAUAGAAGUCGGGGAAGACGGCUUUAAACAAUGGGAUGUGUUGGACUCCUUGGAUAUGGAGGCAAUGGUGAGCACAGUACGGGCGUGGAUUGAGAACCCAGUGAAGUUUGCCCGUUCCCAUGGGGUGAAUGUCACACCUGGCUCUAAAGAGCCAGCCUCCCAAGAUCCCCAUAUAUUGGUCAUUGAAGGCUUCCUGCUUUAUAAUUACAAACCCCUGGUAGACCUCUUUGACCUUCGCUACUACCUGGCAGUUCCAUACGAUGAAUGCAAGAGGAGGAGAAGCACAAGGAACUACACCGUUCCCGACCCACCGGGUCUCUUUGAUGGACAUGUCUGGCCCAUGUACUUGAAGCACAGGAAGGAAAUGGAGGACAGUGGAGUUGAUGUUGUUUAUUUAGAUGGCCUGAAGUCUCGAGAUGAGCUCUACAAUCAAGUCUUUGAAGAUAUUCACAACAAGCUUUUGAAUUGCUGACAGUCAAGACUUUUCCUUCUUGCUUUCCAGGGUCUCAGAAGACCUGGAAGACCCAUGUACAGAACGAUGUAAAUAGUACUGAGAAGUUGGAAUGAGGGUUUAUUUGUGUAAACUCUUCUUAUAAGGUCCUUUGGAAAGCAUCUUUUGUAUAUAAUUGAAUCAUGAAGAUAACUUAUUCACAGCUCUGUGAUGGACAGGAUUGUUUUGUGUUUUGUUUUUUUUAUUUUCUUUUAUAUCCCACUGGCUGAAACAAGAGUUGAAAAUGCCUUUUUUUAAUGGAACAAGUAGAGCUGUGUCAGGAAAACAACUGACUCUUCUACUUCUGUGCCUCUGCAGAUAUUAAGCCUUCAUGUCAUGGCUUGUUUAUGUCAUCUCUUCAAUUCAGUAAAAAUCAAUUUAAAAUCUC